UUUAACUGUCGUAAGUGGUUUGUUGAUGUUUGUGUCAAACUCUCGGACAUUCUGUUGGGGAAGAUCCGCGGAUAUUCGAGGGAUAUUCAUCAGACGACACUCUAUAACGAUAGUGACAGGCUCUUCAACGAGUGAGUUGUAGAGCGCAUGUCUCUAACUCGCUUGGCAAUACAUUUUCAAGAGCUGUUAGCCGUUAAUUAUUGUUCCGUAUGAACUAGCUCCUUAGCUAACGUUAGCUAACCACAGCUAGCUAUGACUAUUCUUCCAAAGAAGAAGCCUUCUUCGACCGGUGGAGUGACCGACCACUCCGAUGACCCCGACAGGCGCAGCACCACCGACCCGCACCCCCACGCGCACCAGCACGCCAACCGGACGGGCUCGAGACCGCGGGCCUCUCCGCCGCCGUGGCCGUACCAGGCCGCGCCUCACGCGUCAAGAGACGACAGGCGGACCGAGCCGACCUCCCGGCCCCAACAGGCCUCCCCGCAGCCGGUGGCGGCUGGCUCCUCGGUAGGUCCGUGCGAAAGCAGCACCGCCGCGGCAGUGACGUGCAUGGUCGGGACCCGCGGAGAGCUCGCUUGCGCCAACACAGUCGGUAGCUGCUGUUCAGGACCCGGUCUGAGCAAGAGGCGGCGGCAGACUGCAUGCUCCAGCAGCCUACCGGGAGGCGGUGGCGGGGGUCCCGGGACCGAGAGCGAGGAGGGGGCCGGUGGAAACAACAGCGAGGACGAGUACGAGAACGCGGCAUCUCAGCAGAGCGCGGACCCAGCGACAGUCGAGCAGCAGGAGCAGUGGUUUGAAAAGGCUCUGAAGAAGAAAGGCUUUGUCAUCAAGAAGAUGAAGGAAGAUGGGGCCUGUCUCUUCAGAGCAGUGGCUGACCAGGUGUAUGGGGACCAGGAUAUGCAUGAUGUGGUGCGGAAACACUGUAUGGACUACCUGGUGAAGAAUGAAGAGUACUUCUCCAGCUAUGUCACUGAGGACUUCACCACCUACAUCAACCGCAAGAGGAAGAGCAACUGCCAUGGCAACCACAUCGAGAUGCAGGCCAUGGCCGAGAUGUACAACCGCCCAGUGGAGGUGUACCAGUACAGCAUAGAGCCCAUCAACACAUUCCAUGGUAUCUACCAGAACAACGACGAACCAAUCCGAGUCAGUUACCAUGGCAACAUCCACUACAACUCAGUGGUGAACCCCAACAAGGCCACCAUCGGCGUGGGACUGGGCCUCCCAGCCUUCAAACCAGGGUUUGCGGACCAGUCUCUGAUGAAGAAUGCGAUCAAGACGUCGGAGGAGUCGUGGAUCGAGCAGCAGAUGCUGGAGGACAAGAAGAGGGCCACCGACUGGGAGGCCACCAACGAGGCCAUCGAGGAGCAGGUGGCCCGCGAGUCCUACCUGCAGUGGCUGCAGGACCAGGAGAAGCAGGGACGACAGCCCCGUAAGCCGAGUGCAGCGUGUAGCUCGGCGUCGGCCGCCUCCUGCAGUGCGUUCGAUGAUCGUGAUUGGUCCUCCUGCAGCGCGUUCGAUGAUCGUGAUUGGUCCUCCUGCCGCUCGCCACGCCACCGCAGCACCGCCCCCUCGCCAGAGCUGCCAGGCCCCGCCCUCACGGACGCCCCCGCCAAACCCCCCUCCCCCAAACCCCCCUCGCCCUGCGCACCAGGACCCAGCAGCCAGUUGUACAUGCCCCAGGAGCGCUCUUCCUCCUCCUCCUCCUCUUCAUCACGGGUGUCUCUCUAUCCCACACUGGACUACCGCACCAUCAUGCAGAUGUCCCCCACAGCCUUCGGGGUGUCUGACUGGGAGGAGGACGACAUCCUGGCGUCGGUGUUGGCUGUGUCCCAGCAGGAGUAUCUGGACAGCAUGAAGAGUGCAGCGCUACACACACACCCCUCCCCCGACACCAGCUGAUGACCUCACACACACACCCCUCCCCCGACACCAGCUGAUGACCUCACACACACACCCCUCCCCCGACACCAGCUGAUGACCUCACACACACACCCCUCCCCCGACACCAGCUGAUGACCUCACACACACACCCCGCCCCCGACACCAGCUGAUGACCUCACACACACACACCGCCCCCGACACCAGCUGAUGACCUCACACACACACCCCGCCCCCGACACCAGCUGAUGACCUCACUCCCCUCGCCCUGACCCAAGCCCCUGCCCCAGCCCCUCCUCCUUCUCCUCCCCGUCUCCUUCUCCUCUUCUUCCUCCCCCUCUUCUUCUCCUCCUCCUCUUCCUCCCCCUCUCCUCUGCUCUACUCACAGGCUCAUCAUCUUAUCACUCUUCUGUUGCUCUCCUCUUCUCCUCCUCACCUCUCCUCAUAAUCUCCUCCUCCUUUCCUCUCUGCUCCUCUUUCCUCUCCUCUGCCUCUUCUUCUCUUUUCUCCUCUUCUCUUCUCCUCCUCUCCUCUGCUCCUCUACUCUGAGUUCUGUUAUUGGCUCUAACUCUGAAUAAAGGACAGAAUCUGCUCCUCUUUCCUCUCCUCUUCUUCUCUUUUCUCCUCUCCUCCUCUCUCCUCCUCCUCUCCUCUUCAGACAGAAUCUGCUCAUUCAUGUCGCUCUUCACUAAUAUCAGAUUAAAUACCUUUACUCAA